AUGUCCACCGGCUCGGUGAGCGACCCCGAGGAGCUGGAGCUGCGGGGGCUGCCCCGGGGGUACUCAGUCUCCGCCUCCGCGCGGCCGCCCCUGCACGGCGCCGAGCGCGGCUACGCCUCGCCCAGUGACAACUCGUCGGGCGAGGAGGAGGACCCCGACGGCGAGGAGGAGCGCUGUGCGCUGGGCGCGGCCGGGGCCCCGGGCGGCAGCAAGAGGAAGCGGCCCCGCGCGGCCCGGGGCAGCGGCGCGGGCGGCGGGAGCGGCGGCCCCGGCAGCGGCUGCAAGAAGCCCCUUCCGCCCAAGAGCUCGGCCGCCGAGUGCAAGCAGUCUCAGCGCAACGCCGCCAACGCCCGCGAGCGCGCCCGCAUGCGCGUGCUCAGCAAAGCCUUCUCCCGCCUCAAGACCAGCCUGCCCUGGGUGCCCCCCGACACCAAGCUCUCCAAGCUGGACACGCUGCGCCUGGCGUCCAGCUACAUCGCGCACCUCCGUCAGUUGCUGCAGGAGGACCGCUACGAGAAUGGCUACGUGCACCCGGUGAACCUGACCUGGCCGUUCGUGGUCUCAGGACGCCCCGACUCUGACACCAAAGAAGUUUCUACAGCCAACAGACUAUGUGGCACUACCGCUUAG